CGAGCUGUUUUUAGUAAUCGAUUAGUCUGACAGUGCAGAGGCAUCCCAAACUAAAUUUUAUUGCCCGGCCGCGAAAUCUUUUUCCGAUUUUCUAAUUUUUCAAUCGAGUUUACUUGGCAAUAUGGGUGAUCAAAACUCGGACGAUGAAAGCGGUUCAUCCGGUUCCAGUCGUAGUGGUACCCGCAGCCGCAGCGCCACGCCACAAGGAGGCAGUGCACCCGGUUCCCCCCGAAGUCGUAAAUCGGCCAGUGGCAGCGAUCGAUCUCGCUCGGGCUCCAGAUCUUCCAGAUCUCGUUCCGGCUCCGGUUCUCCACGAAGUGCCAGGUCCGGAUCGGCCCAAAGCCAGAGGUCUGGCUCCGCUCAUAGCAAGAAAUCUGGAUCUGCUCACAGCCACAGGUCGGGGUCCCCAGGAUCCCCCCAAAGUCACAGAUCAGGAUCCCCUCAAAGCCACAAGUCAGGAUCCCCUCAAAGUCGUAGAUCAGGAUCCCCACAAAGCCCCAGAUCCGGGUCCCCGCAAAGCCGCAAAUCCGGAUCCCCGCAGAGCCGCAGAUCUGGCUCGCCCCAAAGUCGUAGAUCAGGUUCUGGGCACAGUCAGAGAUCCGGGUCCGCCCGAAGUCGCAAAUCUGGCUCUGCUCAGAGUGCUAGAUCCCGAUCCCGCUCUCGUAGUGGCACACGCAAGGGCAGCGGCAACGAGGAAUCCCGCUCAAAUUCGCCUAAUCUGCAGAUUGACGAUGAGCGGGCUAACUCCAAGAGCGGCAGUCGCAGUGGGAGUAGGAGCAGAAGUGGUAGCCGAACCUCCAGGUCGCGCUCAAAGACGGGCACACCUUCGCCCAACAGAAGUCGCAGCCGCAGUGGAUCCGGUUCCGGCAGCGACAUUGGCGUGCCGAAAAAAAAGGCACGUAAGGCUAGUGGCUCCGAUCAGGAGAAGAAUAAGAGUGGCAGCGAUAGCGACAUGGAGGAAUCGCCCACUAAACCGAAGAAUUCACGGCUAAUCGACUCUGACAGCGAGUCCGACCAGGAAGUGGCAAAGAAAGCUCCUGCCGCAGCUGACAUCUUUGGCGACGCUGAUGAUAUCAGUGAUGAUGAGGAGGAUGCUGGGCCAGCUACCAGUAAAUCUCCAGCACGCUCGAAGAGUCGCAGCAGGAGUAGGUCUAGAUCCCGCAGUCGUUCGAUGAGCCGCUCGCGUUCUCGCUCCAGAUCUCGGUCCAGGGAUCAAGCCGAGUCCCAAGUUGAGCAGGUACCCAAGGAGGAUGAGCCCGAGCCUCUCCCCGAAACCCGAAUUGAUGUGGAGAUUCCACGCAUUUCUGCGGAUCUUGGAAAAGAGCAACACUUUAUCAAGCUUCCUAACUUUUUGUCAGUGGUCACUCAUCCUUUUGAUCCAGAAACCUACGAAGAUGAAAUCGAUGAAGAGGAGACCAUGGACGAGGAGGGAAGGCAGCGCAUCAAGCUCAAAGUGAGCAACACGAUCCGCUGGCGUGAAUUUAUGGACAACAAGGGCGACAUGGUACGCGAAUCAAAUGCCCGAUUUGUACGCUGGUCCGACGGAAGCAUGUCGCUCCAUUUGGGCAACGAGAUAUUCGAUGCGUACAGGCAGCCGCUAUUGGGAGACCACAACCAUCUGUUCAUCCGACAGGGCACGGGUCUGCAAGGUCAGUCCGUGUUCAGGACUAAGCUCACCUUCCGCCCCCAUUCAACGGAGUCCUUCACGCACAAAAAGAUGACCAUGUCGCUGGCCGAUCGAUCCAGCAAGACCAGCGGAAUCAAGAUCCUAACUCAGGUAGGUAAGGAUCCCACAACAGAUAGGCCCACCCAGCUCAAGGAGGAGGAGGCAAAGCUACGCCAGGCAAUGCGCAAUCAGCACAAGUCGCAGCCCAAGAAGAAGAAAUCGGGUGCCGGCGAACCGCUUCUGGGUGGUGGGACAUCAUCUUAUCAGCACGACGAUGGCAGCGAUGAUGAGAACGCCAUUAGCUUGAGUGCCAUAAAGAAUCGGUACAAGAAGGGAUCAGGCGGUGCUCAGGCGGAGGUGAAGGCAUCCACGAUCUACUCUUCGGAUGAGGACGAGGGCUCUGAUUUUGAGGCACGUCGUAGCAAGAAGGUAGACAAAGCCAAGGCCAGCAAGGCGCUGCGGGACUCCGACAGCGAAUCGGAUGCAGGCAGCGUCAAAAGCGGCAAGAGCGACAAGAGCGGCGGAGGAGGCAGCGCCAGUGGCAGCGAUAACGAAGGCAGUCAAAAGAGCGGCGGCGGCAGCAGCAAGUCGGGCAGUGGAAGCGGUAGCGGCAGCGGCUCCGGCAGCGGUUCGGGUAGCGAAAACGAUGAUUAGGUUGGUCUAAUUUGUUUGUGUUCCAAUAAAAUAAAUUUACAAUGUUUAGUUGCCAAAUCUUAAAAUUUUUGCUGAUUUACAAAUACUGCAGAUGUGGAUCUCGGUUCCUUACAGAUAAACGAGUUCGAAUUCUUUUGAGUGUUUUACUCUAAUUUGAUAAGCUCCAAUUUUAAUAUUAGGUGUCUUAAAUUCUUAAAGAUUGUACCAAUUAUUUGAUUGCAAAUACAAACCCGUAAAACGAUUUAAGCUAAGACAAUUAAAAGUUUUGUACAAUUUUUCAGUUUACAAGCUUAUGUUACCUUUCUACAAAAAUUUUAAUUUAAACAUAAAUUUAGUGAUAUUUAGCCCGUUUGCUUUAUAAAUGUUAAAGCUAAAAUAUUUAAAUUAUUUAUGGGCUCAAAAGAUGGCUCCCAAAAUUCAAGUAUGCACUACUUAUUAGGCCAAAAUCAACACCACCGAAUAGAAAAAUAAUAUUUGGUCGAUUAGAGCUAGUAGCAAAAAGCACUUAGGGUGUGCAAUUAGCUGUCCGUUGAACCGUGAUGCCGGGAGAUAAUAUCCAAAGUACCCGCUGUAGCUUGCCAUAAAAAUACACGAUUUAUUUACGGUUUGUUGCUUUUAAAAUAUAUAGGUAUAUAUUUUCAUAAAUUAUUGCUUAAAUAUUUGUUUAUACAAUUAGUCUAUAUGCUUAAAACCCAACGCAUGUUUAAACUCUGUUAUCUACAACGGCAUUUGAUUUUACAAAUAUAUAUUUCUGAUUCUUGA